UGGUUUAGGGUACGCUUAUUUCAUUUGAUCGACGUAUGGUCUGUACUCAGUGCUACCUGUUCUCUCUCUCUCUCUCUCUCUCUGUCUCUGUGAUGGCUGCAAUCCGGUCCGUUGUAAUGGGCCAACCGAGUUUGAGUCCUAUUCCUCAGCAUCAGGUUUCAGCUCCGUAUACGACCCCUGUUCCUUUUCCGGCUCAGCCUUUGCCUCCAUUUGCAGCGCCGCCCACUUCUUCUGGCAUUCCAGAACAGUUGAUGCACAAGAACCGUUUGCAGGAAUACGCUCAAAGGUCUGCAAUUUCGCUACCAUUGUAUUGCACCACUAAUGAGGGGUCUCAACAUGCACCGCAAUUUAGGUCGACUGUGACUGUGGACGGGGAAAUUUAUACUUCUCCCAACACAUUUUCACAUCGAAAAGCAGCUGAGCAAGAUGUAGCCAAACUUGCACUCGAGAACAUAUUACAAAAGAUAAGGGAUGAAGGUUGCCCUCUCAUUCAUCAGUUGAACUUGGGGCUUGAAAGAGUUGUCAAUGAUACGGUAUUUUGCAAGUCUAUCCUUCAUGAAUUUGCUGUCAAGAUGAAUAUGGAAAUUCCUACUUAUAACACUAUUCAACCACAAGGGCUGCUUCCAGUUUUCAUAUCUUCUUUGGUUUUCAAUGGCGUAAUGUACACCGGUGAAGCUGGAAGAAACAAGAAAGAAGCUGAACAAUUGGCAGCGCGUGCCGUUAUUCUAUCGCUAUUGGGUAAUUCUGGGUCAAGAACUAUUCUUUCAGAGAUAAUUAAGUCUAAAGGAAAACUCUAUGCUGCACUGCAUAGGGUGAAGAGCCCAUGCUCUGGACAUAUUAACAUUCUACACCAGGGGGUAAGCAUAGGACAAAUCAACUCCGAAUCCCAAGGAAUAAGCAUAGAUAAAGUUUCUGGGGCAAUCAGUGAAGAUAGAAAUGUUGAAGUGGCUCUUGCUGCCAAUAGCGCAUCAGAAGGUGCAAAUCCAGGGUAUUCCUUGGGAAUGCCUCUGGUGCAUCAGGAACUCAGCAUUGAUCAAGAUGUUGAAGUGACUGUUGACAACAGUGCAAGAAGAGGUGCAAAUCCAGGGUCUUCCUCAGGAAUGCCUCCAUUUCGCCAUGAAUUCAAAUUACCAAAACCGGAGCCAUCAUCUGAACCAAUCAAUAUAGAACUGUCAUCUAAGGCUGUCAAUCUUCCAAUUGCAUUUGUACCUCCUAUGUUGCAACAGCCUCUGGGUGUAGGUCCAAGUUCAGGAAGAAAGCGUAGGAAGAAUAAGAAAAAAGCUAACAAGAAACUGCGUCUUGACACUCAGAUGCCGAUUGCUACCUUGCCGGUGAAUCAAGCCCCAUCGUGUUCAGUAGCCCAGUAGACGAAAUAACUUGUGUCUUACUGUGUAUGUAUUUAGUUUGGGGUGAUAAAAGGCCUUCAUAUUGGAUUUGUUGGACAUUUUUUGCACUCCUAGUUAGAUCUUUUAUUUGGAUCCUUUAUUUGGAUCUGUUUAACUUCUUUGCUACCUUGUCAGUGUUGUCGCAUCAAGUGGCUCUUAUAAGUCCUCAACAGAACUCUGACUUGAGUUUACAGUCUUCCAGUGUUUAAGCCUUAUUUAUUUGUUCAA